AUGUCGGCCGGCGGAGCGCCCGUCCCGCCGCCCCCGAACCCCGCCGUGUCCUUCCCGGCGCCACGGGUCACCCUGCCCGCCGGCCCCGCCAUCCUGCGGACCUACUCGGGCGCCUUCGUCUGCCUGGAGAUUGUGUUUGGGGGACUCGUGUGGAUCCUGGUCGCCUCCUCCAAUGUUCCUCUACCUCUGCUGCAAGGAUGGGUCAUGUUCGUGUCUGUGACGGCUUUCGUCUGUUCCCUCCUCUUCCUGGGCGUGUUCCUCUCUGGCGUGGUGACUCAGAUUAAUGCCAACUGGAACUUCCUGGAUCUCGCUUACCAUUUUACAGUGUUCGUCUUCUACUUUGGAGCCUUUUUGCUGGAAGCAGCUGCCACAUCGCUGCACGAUCUACAUUGCAAUCGAACCGUGGCUUUGCAGCCACUCUUGAAUGAUCACCAGUAUAACAUCAACGUGGCAGCCACAAUUUUUGCCUUUGUGACGACAGCUUGUUACGGUUGCAGUUUGGGUCUGGCUUUACGACGAUGGCGACCGUAA